AUGGAUACCACUACCUUUCCAGAAAGUGCCAACAUGCCACGUCCUAUGCCCGUUAUACAGCCCUUCGCCGGAAGGAUCGGAGGCAACCAAGCGCUUGUAGUCGACCGCCAUGAUCCAAGCAAUGCGGACCUCUUGAAGAAGACGCCCGAUGCGGCGCCGCUGAUGACAGUUCGUGAAGGGUUCGACCUGCGCGGAUUCUGGGACAUUGACCUCUGGAAGUUCGGCUUCGUCGAAUGCAUGGGUACUAUGAUGAUGGUCUUCGUAACCUCUUGGAUGGCCAUACGACCACCUUCCGCGUCGGCGAAUGUCACUCCGACUUCACCAGCCGGCGUGUACUCUACCGCGGCAUUCUUGGGACCAAUAUUCGGUGGUCUUAGCAAUUGGAUGUUCCUGACUCUGUUCAUUUUCUCUUUUUCGAACGUCAGUGGCAGCCACCUCAACCCGACCAUUACUCUGGCCACCUUUUUCGCCCGUUUAAUAUCACUUCCUCGGAUGGUUAUUUACCUCCUCGGUCAAACCCUUGGCGGUGCUUUGGCUGGCUUCAUGCUUCGAAGCGCCUAUGGGUCCAGGGACUUCACCGUAGGAGGUUGUUCAGUGAACACCAGUUUGGUACCUGUAGACGAGGCAUUCUUGCUCGAAUUUAUCUUCUCCUUAGUACUGAUUUUCCUCUCUUUCGGUGUUGGCCUGGACCCAAGACAGGGUUCUAUCUAUGGCGCUGCGCUGUCUCCCUUCCUAGUAGGGAUGACUCUGGGCGUUUUGAGUUGGGGCUCCUCCUUCAGCCGCGCUGGCUAUGCUGGGGCUUCGUUAAACCCGGCCCGAUGCUUUGGUGUGUAUGUAGCUACCAGCUAUCCGGGAUACCAUUGGAUUCACUGGGUCGGGCCUCUCGUCGCUUCAGUAGGGCACGGUAUUGUCUACUUUAUCGCGCCUCCUUGGGGGCAUUAA